CCAUCCUGGAAUACAAAAUAGUUGUUUCGCUCAUUCCUGAGAAAAUACGAAUUCAAAUUCUAUCAUUCACUUCGCCAAUCCUUGUAAAAUGUCAGACAAUUUCGAUCCUGACCUAAUUCAGGCAAUUUUCAAACUCAUAUGGAGCAAAAACGCUCUAGAGCGCGAGAGAAACGAAGGUGUCGAUCCGAUGACAGAUGAGGUUGUAGCUGGGACAUCCAAGAAAAACCGACCUACUUCUGCUAAUUCAAGUGCUCUGAAGAUGAGUUGUGAGCUUCUUCGGCUCUUUGUCACAGAAGCUGUUCAACGUGCUGCUGCUAUUGCUGAAGCUGAGGGCGCCAGUAAAAUACAAGCUACUCAUCUUGAACGGAUUCUUCCACAGCUACUACUGGAUUUUUAAGGUACUUCAGAAGAUGCAAAUAUAAACUAUGAUCUUCAUGAAAACCUGCAUAACAUCUGAUGUAGCUGGUUGCCUUUGUUCAUCUUUAUAUCACCCCCAUUUAUUACCUUAGAAGUAAAUGUAGCAGUUAAUGCAGCCGAAAGAUAUUAUGCUUAAAGAUGUAUUUAUCAAUAUUUCAGGAAAUUAUGAUUAUGAUAUUAUGUCAUUAGUGGACAAUGUUAGUUAUAUGUAAGGUCUUAUUCCUGGGAAAUCAUAUGCCACAAACCAUUUAUGUAACAUGGUGUUUCUAUGCCAUCUGAUCAAGCCAAAAACGGUUCAUAAAAAGUAAAUUACAUUCAUUGUGCUUAAUAAUCAAUGCCUGUAAAACCUAUUUUGCCUAAAUGGUCCCUAGCACGAUUGCCAGGAUUUGUAUCCUUACACACACACACACGUUUACUGUUUAGACCAAGAAAGUUUAACAAAGUAUAUUGACUGAAACAAAUUCCAUCUUACAAGUUGCAGGAUAUGAAUUAAACUUAUACCUAUAAUUGGCACACAAACUGCACGAUACUUAAGAUUAUACAUUUUUAUUGUAAAUUAUGUAGCAUAACUAAUGCUUGAUCUGUGCCAACAUGACCCCAAUAUCCCUGCUGGUAGGCCUUUCUUUUGGGUUAUCAAGAGUACAAAAGCAAGCAAUCUUAAGAACCAGAAGCAUUUGGUCCUCAAAUCCAUUUCCCUUUAAUUUUGGGUCAAUUGCUCUUUUCGGAUCGUCUGAGGUCAUGACAUUUCUCAUCCAUUUCACCAAACUCAUCUCAUUCGUAUGCUGGAAAAAUUCAUCAGAAGGAAGUUUUCCCAUCACUAAGACCCCUAAAAGCACACCGAAACUGUAAAUAUCACAUUUGUCUGUAAAUUUCAGAGUCUGGUGAUAUUCUGGUGCUAUGUAUCCUAUUGUUCCUGCCACAUUAGUUGUUGUAGCAUGUGUAUCGGCAUUUGGUAAUUCUUUUGCGAGCCCAAAAUCUGCAAUUCGAGCUUCCAUGUCAUCAUCAAGGAGAAUGUUACCUGGCUUGAGAUCCCUGUGAACUAUGCGAUGUGUGUGGUUGUGUAGAUACUCAAGCCCAGCUGCCACACCAGUGGCAAUUCGGUGCCUUGAAGGCCAGUCCAAGUCUCUAUUUCCUUGAGAUACUUGAUUCAGCAUAUCCUGUAAACUUCCAUUUUUCAUGUAUUCAUAUACCAAAUAAUGACAAUCUGGUCGAGAGACAUGGCCUAGCAGGGGAAGAAUGUUACGGUGCCUGAUUGUACCCACGGUCUGAAUUUCUGACUUGAUCUGUCGCAUCUUCUUGUUCAGAAGUUUCGUGUCUUCUUCAGUAAGUUCUGAAGCAUUCUUUGAGGGUUGGAUAAUUUUCUUUAUAGCGAGUGUUUUAUCAUAAGCUUCUGGUAAAUCAGCCUUGUAAACUUCUCCGCACCCACCCCUUCCAAUGACUUCAAAUGAGGCCAAUCCAUCCUCUUUAUCGAGAAAAUCCAAGUUUUUGAUUGUCGGACUGAAGAUUGCUAUACCAGUAUCCUUCUUUCUACCCUUGAUGAUUGCCAUGACCAACUUAAAAAGCACAGAGAACACGAAUCCAGAUAAGGCCCCUGCUACUACUCCAGCAAAAAAACCGAUAAGCCAUCCUUUCACCUUCUUGCUCUUACUUUUCUUAUGCUUGCGUUUUGCCACCUGAGGUGAAGGAGCAGGUGCUUCUUCGGAAUAUCUACUUCCGAGCGGUGCCCUUGCAUCAUUUCCACUUCUCUGGGGUGAAUUCUCUACAAAUCUAUAACGUCUUGGAGCCUCUUCCCCAAACAACCUUGCUGAUGAAAGCUUGAUUCCUUUCAUCACUGGCAUCUCUCCUUUAAGUAAUUUAUUCCCAGAAAUGUUGAAAGAGCGGAGAUUUGUAAAAGAACGCAGGGAGGUUGGCACUUCACCGCUAAACAUGUUGUUGCAAAGGUCAAGCUUUUCCAAGUCAGGAAAAUACUUCAAGAAAUCCAGCUCCCCAGAAAACUCAUUAGAACACAGGUCAAGAAUUCGAAGCCGGCUCAAGGAAGAUAUCCCAGAAGGAACCUCCCCGGAAAACUGAUUGUUAUAGAGAUUCAAAAUUUCCAACUUCUUGCACUCCGCUAUCUGAGCUGGGACUUGGUCAAUGAGCCGGUUGUUUGGCAGCGAAAGCUCUUUCAGCUCCGAAAGUUUUCCAAUGGCAGGAGAAAGAAAUCCACCAAGCUUCCGCGAAUCAAAGAUGAUUCGCGUAACACGGAAUA